AUGACGGCGUCAUUUGUAACGUUGCGCCUUAGAAGGGAGAAAGCAUCUCAUGUGCGGUUAGGUGGCGAGUGGGUGGGACCUGGGACUACGCUCAGGUCCAAAGGAGACAGGGACCCACAUCCGGAGCCCAUGACCCCUUUGCAUCGACCCUUCGGGUUGCUGCCAAACUACUGUAAUGCCAUUCUCUCCGAGCAGUGUAAUUUGGGCAGACCAAUCCGAAUUUAA